UGAAUAGUUCUUACAGUUGAUGUUUUUGUCAAUAUUCUUACGGCAAUUUCUAAAAUGUUUCCCAGCUGGAACAACAUAAUAUUGGAGGAAUCUACAGCGUCCAUUAAAGGGAUUUAAGCCCAACUGCUUCUGAUACCACAAACCUCAAGCCUACUUUCACAAUUGUGGUUCCACAAAAAUGGCUUUCGAUGACCUACUCGAGCGGGUGGGCAGCAUGGGACGCUUCCAAUUCCUGCACGUUAUCAUUCUCAUCAUACCUGUCUUCCUGAUGGCCAGCCACAACCUGCUGCAGAUUUUUGUGGCCAUGGUGCCUUCACACCACUGCAGUGUUCACACCAACCUCUCAGAGUUCGACCUUAGACUGGAGCAAAAGCUGCUGAUCACAGUGCCCUUAGAUGGAAUAGGGAAGCCGCACAGGUGUCAGCGUUAUGUUGUUCCACAGUGGCACCUCCUUAUGAAAAAUGAAACCUUCAGUGCAGAAGAGAAAGGAGACGGUAAAGAAAGUGUAAGUGUUGGCCUGCAAGGAUGCAUAGAUGGAUGGUCAUAUAAUUUGUCAGAAAGGACCUCCACAAUCAUAUCUGAGUGGGACCUGGUGUGUGAGCUGAGGCCUUUGAAGCAAAUGGCACAAACCAUCUACAUGGGGGGUGUGCUGGCAGGAGCUCUUAUCUUUGGAGGUCUCUCCGACAGAUAUGGUCGAUGUAUCCCACUGCUUAUCUCAAACAUGCUGAUGGCAGUAUGUGGAACAUGUGCUGCUUUCUCCAGUUCCUUCACCUUUUUUUGCAUCUUCCGGUUUGGCUGUGGUAUGGCUCUGUCAGGACUUGGACUCAAUACCUUCUCUCUCACUCUGGAGUGGAUCCCCAUUCGUACGCGGACAGUGGUGGGGACCAUAAUGGGUUACUGUUACACGGUGGGACAAUUACUCCUGGCUGGACUAGCCUACUUCAUUCGAGACUGGCGGUGGUUGACGCUGGCUGUUUCUUUGCCCUUCUAUGUGUUUUUCCUCUUUGCAUGGUGGAAUCACGAGUCUGCCAGAUGGCUAGUGAUGAACAACAAUUCCGAAAAAGCCAUCAAGAACCUCAAAACUGUGGCCAGAAUUAAUGGACGAGGAGAAGAGGGGGAAAAAAUUGAUAUUAAUAUGCUGGAAGAGUCCAUGAAGAAAGAGAUAUUGUGUUCACAAGGCACAUACUCUGUUUUGGACUUGUUCCGUACAUCCACAAUGAGAAGAAUGACCAUCUACAUCAGUGCUGUCUGGGUCUCGACUAGCUUUGCAUACUAUGGUCUUGCUAUGGAUUUGCAAAAGUUCGGAGUGGACAUAUACUUAAUCCAGCUGAUCUUUGGUGCUGUUGAUAUUCCUGCUAAAGUCAUCGUAACAAUGGCCAUGGCUUUUUUUGGACGGCGGCUUUCACAGAGUGCUGUAUUAAUCCUGGCGGGGCUCACUAUUUUGUGCAAUCUGCUGGUGCCUUAUGAUGAACAGUUGAUACGCACCUGUCUAGCUGUGAUAGGUAAAGGAUGUCUCGCUGCCUCCUUCAACUGCUGCUACCUUUAUACUGGAGAGCUGUACCCAACUAUCAUUCGUCAGAAUGGGAUGGGUUGGGCAUCCAUGAUAGCUCGAGUUGGAGCCAUGGUGGCACCUAUGGUGCUUCUCCUUGGGGACUACAUACCUUGGUUACCGGGUGUAAUCUAUGGAGGAGCGCCAAUCUUUAGCGGGGUGGCAGCAAUGUUUCUACCAGAAACACUUGGCUUGCCGCUUCCCGAUACCGUGCAAGAUGUUGAGGAGAGGGGCUCAGGGAGGCGCUCUAACAGGCCACCAAAGGAACCAGUAGUUUUGCAAGAUGUCCAUGGGAAUCUCCUAAAGUCGGCAGCAUGAGGAUAGCUGCUACACUCAUAACUUCUUUCAACAUGAACACAGAAUGAGUACUGCAAUUUUCUGUUUGUUUGAUUGAUUGAAGUUGAAUUGAGUUCACUGAUUUAUUGUCAGUUUAUUGUUGUACAA